CAACAACUAACAAUGUCCCUCAUGUUUCUAAUCUGUUUUUUGCAGUCCUUUUCUUUGAGGAGAUUGUUAAAUGCUGGUUCCCAGUGUUGGCAAGAUGGGAGUGUGGGAUUUAUUGUAGGGUGUCUGAGUAUUUGAAUGCUGGCUAGAAUGCAUGGUGCCCGACUCACUGUCGUUUUCUGUUGAUUCUACAGAACUCCCUCGAAGGUUUUCUAACUGAAUAGCUGGUGGAAAUGUUUGUAAGGUCUGUUAAAAUGUUUCCUUUACUAUUACACGUAGUUGCAGAGGGAGUGUUACAGCUCCAAGCAGACGUGGCUGUUUGCCUGUCCCAACGUGGACAGUACAACCUCUGUUACGCUGAUGAUUUCACAAAACUUUCUCUUCAAAACUUUAUUGCUUACAGCCCUGGGCUUAAGUUAAGCAAACAACUUGUGCUUUCAUUGGGUGUUUUGUCUUUUGUUUGCUGUUUAAUGACAUUUCAGCCGAGGGAUCUGUGCAGUGCAGCCAGCAAUUCAGCAAUGUGCUGUUGGGUCACAGAGAGCUCUGUGCCUGUGGCACUCUGGCACUUGGCACUGCUGGAUCCAGAGCCAGCCAGAGUCUGAAGAAUUCAAGUGUUGUACUUGUAAGCUCUUGUCAAAGGAUCUUCCCUCAGUAAAAUCAGAUACUAGCAAGUAAUUGAACUGUUCCUCAAGAUUUCUAAUCUAAAUGGACUCCUUAAGCUCUCUUGGCAUUUGACUUUGCAAAAUGUCAUGUUCUACUCAUUUUUUUUAUUUGACUUCCUGAAAUCUCCGUUUUCAGAGGCUGCAAUUUGGGUUUGAUCUCUGCUCAAAACCACUGUUUAAAUGAAGGGCCUUAAAUUAUUGAAAUUGUGGGAGGAAAGCAUUUUAUAUUCUCUUUAGGCAUAUGUUCAACUGAACCUAUAUCAGAUUUAAAAUGGAAUCAUCUUGACACAAAUGAGGCGACCCUCUCAAAUGUGUGUAUUUCACUGCUGGCAGAAAUAGCCAUAGCAUAUUUGGGGGGAAUUGGGGGUUUUUUAGGUGCUAGAAUUAAUAAUCUUCUGUCAUACUGAAUAUCCUGAUCUGUGUUGCCUCUUAAGCUGCUCUGAUCUUUGACAAUUUUUUUUUAUUUUUUUAUUUAACUUCAGAAGGGCUUGUUGGGUUUCCUACCUCACUGUCAUGAACUCAUUUUUCUAAACUAUAAGUAGUGUUUGAUGUGAGGUAACUGCUCUAAAAUCCAACUGUCUGGUUGGCUACAGCUGAGCUUAAUGAUCUUGGUGUAGGAAAUAGGUGGGGGUAGGUGUCAGUUUGUAGAAUCAUAGAAUUGUUUAGGUUGGAAAAGAUCUCCAAGACUGAGUUCCACUGUUCCCCCAGCACUGCCAAAUCCACCACUAAACCAUGCCCCUUUGGACAUGUCUUAUGGACAUUUGCCUCUUGCAUUUUAAACAUAUCCAGUGUAUAUUGUCUUACACAGGAGUUUUAGCAAACUCACAAUCACCUAAUAAAGGAUCAAAAACUAAACCUCUUUAAAGAGAAACAGAUCCAGAAUAUAAGAUGUGGGGGUUUUAACCCUUAGUCUGGCAUUCCUCCACGUUGUAGCAGAUGCCCAGACUUGCAGGCUGUUUGCUAUGUGGCGUUUAGCGUUUUCACCCCAAAUUCCCCAUGGAAAAGGAGAACUUUGUAGCACCAGCUUUCCUGUGAGAAGCUGCUUUGGACAAAUUGGUGCUGCUGUGCUGAAGGAGGAGGUACUGAAAGAGCUCCUGUAUUUAAUUCUGGCUGUUCUGUGAGUGCAGGGCUGACAGAUGCCCUGAUCGUGAAGAACAUCUUAACUCACUGUAGUUGAGGAUGGGUUGUAUGUGUGGGGAUGGAGAGGGAAGUAGCUGUAGUUGUUCCUCUGCAUCAGGCACUAUUUGGUGCUUUGAAUCAAUUCAAGGCAACUGUCUUGGGACCACCUUAAAGAUAAUCUACCCACCAGCCUUCCUCUGAAGGUCCGGUGAGCUGGUUUUGCUAGUGCUUGGGAAGGAAUGGUGGUCUGUGGGAUGGCACAGUUUGGAAGCACUUGAGCCCUAUAGACCCACCUGCAAGCAAGAAGAACAUGGGCUCCUCAAACACUUCAUGCUGGUGCUUUUUUUCCCCAUUGCCCCCAUGGCAAAGCUGCCUGCUGGUGAUGUUUUAUCCUGCAAAAUUCCCCUCCGUGUGUGCUGACCCAAAACCUGCAGCCAGUUUAGAAGGCUGCAACCUUUUUGUAAGUUUGUGUUUGCUGCAGGCUCAACUGCGAAGACUUACUGCAGGCCUGGAAGUUCAAGUACACAAGUAAAAGAGUACCCUGGAGGAUUUUCUAUGCCUGUGCUUGUUGCCCAAGCAGGGAAGCUGUUCCAGAUGGUUGUAUCUUGCACAGCUCUCCUGAGAUCUGAUCAUGUGGCUGAUGCUGCCGUGAGGUCAGUGUGUCAAAUUGGGAAGGAGGUGGGGGGGCAAGGAGGCUUGCAUGAGGAUGAUCAGACUCUCCUCCCUCAAGCUUUCAUCGUGAAGGGGGUUCUCCCUGACUGGCACCAGGGUAAAUGCAGUUGGCAUCAGCUAGAGGUGAGUGUUCACCUUCCAAGCUGGCGUCAGGAGUGGCAGUGGGGUUCUUGGCAUCUCAAAUGUCCCUGUCCUUUGUGAAUUGUCUAAUGCCCUGUUGUGAAACCAAGGUGGAGCCAGGAGGAAUGAGAAGCCAACCACAAUCUUUCAACUGGAGCUGGAGCACAGGUUCAGCACUGCCCUUCCCAUCCCCUCCUGUUUGUGUGCCUGGACAGCAGUGCUCUCCUUGCUCUCCUGCCUCUGUUGGGAUUGUAUCCUGGUAACAUCGCUCGUGGUGAGGUGCAGAAAACUCCCUGCAGUCCUUUGAGGGCUGUAGCUCUGGAAAUUAUGAACAAAACUCACCCCCAGGUACAGUUCUCCGUCAGAAAAACCUUAUAUGCAGCUGUUCCCUAGAGUACAUGUGUUCUUGAUAGUGUUGUUUGUCUUGACCUCUUUAUCGCUGCUUUUGUGAGAUUUCAAGUAGUUUCUACUUAAUUUGAUACAAAAGAAAAGUGUUGAUAUAAAGUGCUGGACCUAGUUAGUGUUUGUUUUACAAAUGGGUAAUUAAGGUUUAAAAGGUGAUCUGAUUGAUUGCUUUGGGAAUUAAAUCUGGGCCAUGUUUCCACCAAGGCAAUUUUUGCUUGUACGUGACAAUAAAGGAGUACAUUACAUGUUCCUGGGUAAGAUAGUGUGAGACUUAGAAAGGCAAAGCUUGUGUGGUUGCUGCGUGCUGCUUCUGUAAACAGUCUUUUAUCCCCUUCCUUCUAGAGGAAUGGUGAUGUACCUACUUGUGGUUCAACAAAAUCCGUCUCUGGAAAAAGAGAGCCCUGCCAUCCAUGUGGUGCCUGCACUGGCUGCACACGGAGACAUGUCUGCAUCUCUGCCGUGGCACUGCUCGUCGUUAUGGCUGUUGUGGGCUUGGGGGUGGCACUGGGACUCCUGCCACGGGCACCAGUGAACCGCUUCUGCACAGCCCCCAAUAACCGGACAGGCUUCUUGUGUGAUGACAGAGUGACCUGCAUCCCAUCCAGCUGGGUCUGUGACAGAGUCAGCAACUGCAGGAACGGAGAGGACGAGCAGGAGAAGCUCUGUGGUGACUUGCCCCACAGCCUCCCAGGAUACCUGGUUUUCCUCUGCAGUAACCCCAGAUCCUGGAUCUAUGCUGAUCAGAGAUGUAACGGGAUGAAUGACUGCGGAGACUGCUCUGACGAGUUGGGGAGCUUGGCCUCCUGUCCCCCAUGUGGGUGGGAGUGGUGGAGCUGCAUCCCUGUGCACUACGAGUACUGCUCCUGCAUCCCCAGGAGGCUGUGCCGGGAUGGCAUCCAGCACUGCCUUGGCUGGUCGGACGAGUACGUCUGCAGGCCAUGAAGUCCUGGCACCCCUCAGUGCUGGAGACAGCAGGGUGCUUCCCACACUCACCUCUGAACCUUGCUGUCCUCCUGCUCCGCCACCCACUUGGGAAGCUCCAAUCCAAGCAAAUCCUCAGGAGCAGCGGAGUGACACUGAACAGGGACCAAGGGCACAUGGCAGCCCGUGCUGCAGGCUGGGUACUGACUGUGGGACACCUCCAAGGAUUCUCCUGUCAUGUGAAGGUGAGCACUUUCUACAUGGGCUUCUUCUGCCUUGCACUUGAUGCUGUGCAGCUCCUGGGACUCUUCAUCGGCUGCUGCCAGCACAGACACGGUGUCUGGGCAGCCCUGGGCCAGGGGUUCCUCCUGUAUGGACAUGAUGCUGCCUCUGCAGGGACAGGCAGGAGGAGAAGCUUCUAUUUGCAUUCAAAACACAUCUGCAGAUGGUUUCAGCAGUGGCUUUGAGGUCCAUGUGUUGGUGCUCCUGGGACACUUCCUUGGGAAUGCUGUGCUGAGGAUGACACCCUGGGGAGCUGCUGCUCAGGCCACCUCCUGCUCUCUUCUCAAACCAUGAAAGCCAAGUGGAGAGCAUAAUGGCAGGGAAAACUGAGAGAUGGAAGAG